AUGUACGAGCGGCGCCAACAGAAUAGGAGAAGAGCUCGGGCGCAAGUUAUAGACGAGCGCGAUAUUUUAGAUCGCAUGCAGCAGGAGGUGCAUACGCACCAGGAACAGCUGCAGCAGCAGCAGCAGCAACAACUGCAAGAGCAGCAGCAACAAAUGCAGCAGCAACAACUGCAACAGCAGCAGCAACAAAUGCAGCAGCAGCAACAACUGCAGGAGCAGCACGCUAUCAAGUUCUACUGGAGAUUGUUCGGCGACGACUUCGAGGAGCCGGACGCUAGGGAUCUUCAGCACAUGGCAGAGAUGGAUGCUGCGUGGAGGCAAUCCGCCGGCAUGGAGCCAUGGUGCUCUGAGGAGGAGCUCGACUGGUCGGGGGUGUCCGACACAGACGACGAGGAGGACGACUCCACGAGGGAGCACAGGCGCAGGGCCGAGAAGGAGAUGGCCCGGCGUCAGUUGAGGUUGGUGGUACCCCGCGCACCGGUUGCGGGGGAGGGAGAGAAUCCGCUGCCUGGUGGGCGGCCCGGGGUGGAGCCGGCCGAUAAGGCCGAGGCCCCCGUGCCUCCCGCUGGGGAGACGUCGGCCCUGUCACCCGAUCGAAGCCGCGAGGCGGAAGUCGGUGGACGGGGCCCGGUUUGCGGGGCGCGUCGGGCGCGCUCCCUGUCUCCGGGCCGGCUGCUCGGCGGACGCCGCGAGGCGGAUGCCGAUCAGCCUGGCGGAGGCGGGGGGCGACACGAUGAAUCGCAAAAGGCGAGUCGCCACGAUCGGCCCGAGGGCAUUGUCAUGGACCAGGAGAACUUUGCGGACACCACGGAGUACGAGACGUUCGUGGACGACGGCCACUCCAGGCCUGGACUACUCCUGAUCGAUCCACGAUGGACAAGAACUUUUAUUAACAUCUCGAAGGAGGAAGGGGACGAUGGAGGAGUGCCCAUCAAGGAGGAGAAGGAAGAAGAAGGGGACGACGAUGGAGGAGCGUCCGUGAAGGAGGAGGAAGAGGAGGAGGAAUGGGACGAAGAGCCAGAACGCUGCAGCCAACAACGAACGUACCGAGGAUACUCGACCGAGUCCGAGCACACCUGGGGUACUGUCCCGAUCAAACCUACGCCGAGCCUGACGUCAUCGGAGCAGAAGGCUCCAGGACACAUGCUGCGAAAGAUGAAGCGGCAAAUUUUAACCGAGGCAAUGACCUUGCUAAAAAGCAGACCGCGCAAUGACGGUACCACUCGCCAAACUGGACCUGUUUCCGGCUCUGCCGCACCCGGAAGCCUCGAACCUGGGGGCAACGUCGACCAGUUCGUCGACCUGCCGAUCAGUCCAGCCGUACUACGCCCUAGGCUCCCCCGUAGAGCACCCGUUCGCGCUCCAGCUCAGGAGCUCAUCAAGAGCGCUGUCAAAACAGCCGCCGCAUUGCCACCCAGGGCACCUACUCGGCCACCGCCCCUGACUACAGGGAAGAGGAAGCCACCGGCCUUAGGCUGCGCCGUACAACGAUCCUCUGCAACCACCGCGAGGAAAUGGCAAAGCCUCCUGGAGACCUUACAGUCCCAGUCGAAAAACCACAGGCAGCGAACCAGUCUAGUCCGCAUCAAACUCUCCGAUCUCUUCGGAGACUUAUCCAAUCUAAACGACGACGACGCGACCAAGCACACCGUGGCAGCAGCAACUCCAAGCCGACCCACGUGCCAUGAAAGCACGACCAAAGGGACGGCCAGCCUUACCGAACAAUUACCCGCAAGCUCUGUAAUUCUAAACCAAGCAGAGAAACCCGCCACACUAACCCGACCGGCAUCACCGGUUGCCAUAACCGACGGCCAGACAACCGAAAACACCGCACCAAGGACAUCCCGCACCGAAACCAGUAGCUGCACCACCGUCCGAGCCUGCCACCGAAGCCACGACGACACGACCCGCAGUGAUGGUGCAAGUGCGCGAAAACCUAGACAUUUCCGUGCCGUACUACGCCGCACACAUCACGCGGAAAUAUAA